AUGGGGUGUUACACAUUCAACGGGACAUCUGUUUCUAAGGAAAAUCUUGAAAAAAAGAAAAAUGAUGAAGUAGCUGAAGAAUCGUGGGUUGAAUGCAAUAAAUGCAAAAAAUGGCAGCAUCAAAUAUGUGCGCUCUACAACAGCCAAAAAGAGUUAGACUGCAGUGCUGAGUAUAUAUGUGUUGUGUGCCGCUUAAGAGAAAUUGAAAAUGGAGUGCAUGUUCCUUUAAAAAAGGCUACUCUUUAUGGUGCUAAGGACUUACCAAGUACCGUGCUUAGUGACCACUUAGAGAAAAGACUUUUUAAGCGUCUCAUGGAAGCGAGAGUAGAUGGGGAAGUUAAAGGAAAUGAGAAUCUUGAUAAGGUUUUAGCAGCAGAAAGUAUUUCUAUUAGAGAAGUGUUAUCUGUUGAAGAAGCAAUUUCUUGA